AUGAGGAAGAGAGCUGAGCUUAAGGCUGUUGUGUCUGACCUGGAGAGGCCUUGGGAGGUGGUGGAGAAACCCCCCAAACUGUGGGAAUGGAUGGACGAUGAAGAGCAUUAUUCUUCUUUGAACUCUGGGAGGAAUGGAUUGAAUGUUUAUGAUAGAAUGAGGAAUAGUGGGAAUGGAAAGAAGUUUUUUCCCAAGGGUGUUGAUGGGCCGGAUGAUGGAAAGCGUUUUUCUCCUUUGUAUGGGAGGAAUGGAGUGAAUUUUGAUGGCAAAGGCGGGAAUAAAAGGGGUGCAAGGAGUAUUCUAUGUAAGGAUGGUGAUAGGUCUAAUGGCUCUGGUGAUAUCAGAUCAAGGAGGAAGGAGAGUGGACAGAGGUUUAUGUCAAAGGAUGUUAAUGGAUCUAGUGAUAUAAGAUUGAGGAAGAAGGAAAAUGAACAGAGGUUUAUGUUAAAGGAUGUUAAUGGGUCUAAUAGGAUGCAUGAAGGAAGAGAUGGUUCUGGCAGAACAGAGAGAGGGAGUAAUUCCAUUGCAAGCAGAAGGUAUGGAAAAUAUACUCAAAGGACUUCAAACAACGCUUCACCAAGGGUUAGAGAUGCAGAUUCCGAAGUUUAUGAUAUGGGUUUGCAACAAGAUGGAAGUUAUCAAUUUCUAAUUUGA